AUGAAGGGCCUACUCUUAUCUCUACUUCCAUUGCUGGCGGCAGGCUCGCCAGUCCUCGUCGAUACCAUCCACAAUGAUGCCGCCCCUAUCGUCUCCUCUUCUAAUGCGAAGGAGAUUCCAGACUCCUAUAUGGUCGUCUUCAAGAAGCAUGUCACCGAGCGAGAUGCAAGCGCUCACCACAGCUGGGUCCUUGAUACUCAUUCGUCACAUGAGGCUCGCAAGCUUGAGCUUCGGAAACGCAGCCAGGUCUCAUUGGCGGAUGACACCGUAUUCGAAGGAUUGAGACAUACAUACAACAUUCCCGGCGGGUUUUUGGGUUACGCUGGUCACUUCGACGAAGGCGUCAUUGAGCUGGUCCGCAGGCACCCAGAUGUUGAAUACAUCGAACGUGACUCCCAAGUCCAGACCAUGAACCACACUCCUGCCCUCGAGAAGAAUGCUCCCUGGGGUCUUGCGCGUAUCUCUCACCGUGACGCCCUCGGCUUUGGGGACUUUAAUAAAUAUCUCUACUCGGAGGACGGCGGCGAAGGUGUUGACGCUUACGUCAUCGACACUGGCACCAACAUCGACCACGUGGACUUCGAGGGCCGCGCCAGCUGGGGCAAGACAAUCCCAGCCGGUGACGAAGACAUUGACGGAAACGGACACGGCACACACUGCUCUGGUACAAUCGCUGGCAAGAAGUUUGGUGUUGCAAAGAAAGCCAACAUCUACGCCGUCAAGGUGUUGAAGAGCAACGGAUCUGGAACAAUGUCGGAUGUCGUCAAAGGUGUCGAGUGGGCUGCAAAUGCUCACUCCGAGUCUAUCAGCGCUGCAAAGAAGGGCAAGAAGAAGAACUUCAAGGGCAGUGUCGCCAACAUGAGCUUGGGCGGUGGCAAGUCUAGGAUCCUCGAUCUCGCUGUGAACGCCGCUGUCGACGCUGGUCUUCACUUCGCUGUGGCUGCCGGAAACGACAAUGCUGACUCGUGCAACUACUCCCCAGCUGCUGCCGAGAAGGCCGUCACUGUUGGUGCUUCGACUCUGGCUGAUGAGCGCGCCUAUUUCUCCAACUACGGUACUUGCAACGACAUCUUCGCCCCUGGUCUUAACAUUCUCUCCACCUGGAUCGGAAGCAAGUAUGCCACCAACAUCAUCUCUGGCACCUCGAUGGCUUCUCCUCACAUCUGUGGUCUCCUGGCCUACUUCUUGUCUCUGCAGCCAGCUAACGACUCUGCUUAUGCCGUCGCCGCCAUCACUCCCAAGCAAUUGAAGGCCAACAUCAUCGCCAUUGCUACCGAGGGCGCGCUCUCCAAUGUCCCAUCUGACACUGCCAACAUUCUCGCUUGGAACGGUGGUGGCAAGUCUAACUUCACUGAGAUCGUUGAUGAUGGUGGCUAUUCCGUCAAUAAGUUCACUCCUGAGGAUUAUCUUUCGGAGAAGGCUUCUGAGCUGAAGGCCGAGCUGAAGCAGAUUGCCACAGAACUCGAGGCUCUUAUUGAGAAGUCAUGA